CACCCUCUCCUCACCAAACCAGCCCAACCCAUACUCGCCAAUUUCACACACUCAUCGAUCCACCCCUCCCCUUCCGUCCUCUUCGAUCAUCUUCAUCGUAUUAUUGAUACAGAUGGAAGACCCCUCCCGCCGCCGCCAUCACAAAAAGAACCACUACUACCACCACCCCACCACCACCACCUCCGUCAGCACUACCACCGGCGAGUCUGACGAAGAGGUCGAGGAGACCGAAGACGGCGACCCUCAGGCCUGGGCCACUUUCAACAGCAGCUUCCGACAGGUUCAGUCCGUUUUGGACCGCAACCGCCUCCUCAUUCAGCAGGUGAACGAGAACCACCAGAGCAGGAUCCCCGACAAUAUGGCCCAGAACGUCUCUCUCAUUCAGGAGCUCAACGGCAACAUCUCCAAGGUCGCCCAUAUCUACUCUGAUCUCAACUCCGAAUUUACCACCAUGUGCCACAAACACUCCAAGAACUCUGGCUCUCGACGCAACAAAUGACAUGCCGCCACAUCCCAACGCUCUUUCCAUUAUUUUACAACUCCAUCUCCAUCCAAUCUCCCGUUCCUACCCCCUCUCUCCCUAUCUUUAUCUCGUGCACUGUGUGUCCUUGCGUAUUGUACAUGUGGUUGAAAAAUAAUGACGGUAAUUUACUUAGGUUCUGUUCCUCGCGAAUAAUUAAUCCUUGAACUUGUCAUUUGUAAACAUACGUCAUUAGUCCCACACACACACACACACACAUAUGCAGACCCUUUCAUUUGGCCAAGUAGAAUAAGUUGUCAAGCCCAAACUGUACGUCAGUGUCCUGAAAGCAAUAAUAUAAACUGACUUUAAUCUGUU